AUGUUCGGUUGGGGUAGUACAAUUCAUGGGGAACUCGGACUUGGUGGAAUAGAAGAUGAGCAUGUCCUGACUCCAACAGUGUUGGAUUGGUACCUAGCAAAUACUGUUGUAGAGGCUGCCCUUGGAGACAAUCACACACUGCUCUUAUCCAGUGAUGGAAAUAUUUUUUCCUGUGGGAAUAAUGAUUAUGGCCAGCUGGGACAUGAUCUACCAAGAAAGCGGCCACAACUAGUCAGCGGUCUGAGCGCCCAUCAGAUCACCCACAUAGCUUGCGGCUCGAUGCACUCGAUGGCGCUGAACCGAUGGGGCCAAGUGUUCACGUGGGGCUCCGACUAUCACGGCCAACUGGGACAGCAGAUCGGCGAGAACAUACAGCCCGUGCCGAAGAUAGUCAAGUCGCUGGCCAAGUAUCACGUGGUGCAGAUCUGUUGCGGGCAGAGGCAUUCGAUGGCCUUGACUAACAGUGAGCUAUACCAUUUUCUUUUGGCCGUGUCUAUUCAUCGGGGCGAAAUUUUGCAAUUAUUUUAA